UAUUAUGGGGACUGAGAUCUUACGGCCUCAGGAUUGUCUCAUCGAAAGGAUCAGAGUCCGUCCGGCGUCAUUUUCGCGCCGGAAGAGCUACUACUAUGGGAGCCCCAUCGCUAACCAGAAUUAUGUUUCUAACCCUAGAUCUAGAAAGGCGGCAGUGCGAUCCGAAUCCAGGAGGAUCCAGGUGCAGCCGGCGGAUGCGGCGCCGGUUGCGAAGACGUCCAGCUCCCACGACGACCUUCGGAGCUUCAAGAUGGAGAAAGUCACGAUCUUGCGGCGAGGAGAGUCGCUGGACUCGAAGAUGAAUGAAAAGGGUGGUUUGGCCGGGACCGGGACCGGGACUGCGAGGCUCCGGCCCGGGCCGGAAACGGUGCAGAAGCAGGUUCGGAUCGUGGAUCUGAGGUCUCCGGUGGGCGGUAAGACCGACAUGUACGCCGGAUCGGCGUUCGCGGUGUCGCCGGAGCCGAGCUCGCUCCCGUUGCCGUCGUUUUCGAGGAAGAAGCAGGUGUCGAAGGUCGUCGACGACGACUCAGCGACUCGAGACCUGAGGCGGUUGCUCCGGCUCGAUUGAAAAUGGAAAACCCGGAUCCGAGGACCCCAAGAAGAGGACCCUGAAUGGAUCCGAUCUGAUACGGUUCUGUCCCUUGUUGUCUGCUCGGUUUCGAGGUCGAAUCGCUCCGUGAAUUUUUUAACGGCGGUUGAUCUGGGAUUCCGGGAAAAUACGGGGGCGAAUUAGUAAGUUAACUACUGUUUGCGGGUACUUGGUAGCUUAUGACCGUUUUGUCGGAAGGGAAAUAUUGUGGGGUUGUUAUGGUAAAUUAAAUGUUAGAAUGGGGUGAAAAUGGAAGAUAAAAGAAGACAAAUUGGGAAAUUUGGGGGUUGAUUUGUAAUAUGUGGGGUAAAUUAGUAGUGGAGUUUAAUUAUGUGAUUUGUGGGUGGGCUCUGUUGGGAAAUUGAGAGGUGGGUUUUCAUGUAUGAUAAUGUAUUAUUGUAAAGGAAGUUAAGAUUUGGGCAGAAGAUUACUCUUAAUUUUAUGCUUUUUUGUAUUUUUAGUUUUAUUUCCACUUAGCUGUGAGAUUUGUAAUUUGAAGGGAAAAGAUUUUUAUUAAUUUCAUCUAUUAAAUAAUUAAA